GCAGCAGCAGCAGCAUGUCCGGCUCGGGGAGGAAAGACUUUGACGUGAAGCACAUCUUGCGCCUCCGCUGGAAACUGUUCAGCCACCCGUCGGCGCCCGGCGGGCCGGCGGGGGGUGGCUGCCUGCAGCAGGACGGUGGCUUCGAGCACUGGGGGCCCAGCCAGAGCCGCCUGCUGAAGGGCCAGGAGCGGGGCAGCGGCGCCUUCUGGAAGAAGCCUUCCUCCUCCUCGUCGUCCUCGUCCUCCUCUUCGUCGUCCUCCUGCUGCCCCAGCACCCCGCUCAAUGGCACUCUGACCCGCCUGCAGCCCGGCGGGCAUGGGCUGGGCCAGCCCCAGCACCCGGCGCCCAGGACCAUCUUCUACGUGGAGGCCCUGGAGGAGGAGGAGGUGGUGGUGCCCGGUGGGAUGGAGGUCACCCCGGAGCAGGAGAAGAAGGCCCUGGGGGUGCCAGAGGUGAAGGAGGGCUACUUGGAUGGCAGCGGCCAGGCAACAGGUGAAGGAUGUGGACACAGAUUGUCAGCAGCCAGCCAUCCUCUGUCACCUCCAUGUGAUAUAGAUUCCAGUAGCUCUGAGGAAUUCUAUCAGGCAGUACACCAUGCUGAACAAACCUUCAGAAAAAUGGAAAGCUACCUGAAGCAGCAGCAACUCUGUGAUGUUAUCCUUAUUGCUGGGAACCGCAAAAUACCUGCUCAUAGGCUUGUUCUAAGUUCAGUAUCUGACUACUUUGCUGCGAUGUUUACAAGUGAUGUUUGUGAAGCCAAACAAGAGGAGAUCAAAAUGGAAGGCAUAGACCCUAAUGCAUUGUGGGAUCUUGUGCAGUUUGCAUACACAGGUUGCUUGGAACUGAAGGAGGAUACCAUCGAAAACCUUCUGGCAGCUGCCUGCCUCUUGCAACUUCCACAAGUAGUAGAAGUUUGCUGCCACUUUCUAAUGAAGCUAUUGCACCCCUCCAACUGUUUGGGAAUACGAGCAUUUGCAGAUGCACAGGGAUGCACAGAGCUCAUGAAGGUGGCUCACAACUACACCAUGGAGAACAUAAUGGAAGUCAUCAGAAAUCAAGAGUUUUUACUAUUGCCAGCAGAGGAGCUACAUAAACUCCUUGCAAGUGAUGAUGUGAAUGUUCCUGAUGAAGAAACUAUUUUUCAUGCCUUAAUGAUGUGGGUUAAGUAUGAUAUGCAAAGGAGAUGCAGUGACCUGAGUAUGUUACUUGCCUAUAUCAGACUACCACUGCUUCCACCACAGAUAUUGGCUGACCUAGAAAACCAUGCACUGUUUAAGGAUGACUUGGAAUGCCAGAAACUGAUUUUGGAAGCCAUGAAAUAUCAUCUUUUACCAGAGAGAAGAACUCUAAUGCAAAGUCCAAGGACAAAACCUAGAAAAUCUACAGUUGGGACACUGUAUGCUGUUGGAGGAAUGGAUAACAACAAAGGUGCUACAACUAUAGAAAAAUAUGAUCUCAGGACAAAUAUAUGGAUCCAGGCUGGAGUGAUGAAUGGAAGGAGGCUUCAGUUUGGUGUAGCUGUCAUUGAUGAUAAACUCUUUGUUAUUGGAGGUCGGGAUGGUUUAAAGACAUUAAAUACAGUCGAAUGUUACAAUCCAAAAACCAAGGCUUGGACUGUCUUACCAUCAAUGUCAACACAUAGGCAUGGUUUAGGUGUAACAGUACUUGAAGGACCCAUUUAUGCAGUGGGGGGCCAUGAUGGUUGGAGCUAUCUGAAUACAGUUGAGAGGUGGGACCCACAAAGUCAACAGUGGACAUUUGUGGCAAGUAUGUCAACUGCCAGAAGCACUGUUGGAGUCGCAGCAUUAAAUGGCAAGUUAUAUUCAGUUGGAGGUCGGGAUGGAAGUUCCUGUUUGAGUUCAAUGGAAUAUUAUGAUCCUCACACAAAUAAAUGGAAUAUGUGUGCACCCAUGUGCAAGAGAAGAGGAGGUGUAGGUGUUGCCACAUGUGAUGGCUUUCUCUAUGCAAUUGGAGGCCAUGAUGCUCCUGCUUCUAACCACUGUUCCAGGCUGCUGGAUUAUGUAGAAAGAUAUGAUCCAAAAACUGAUACCUGGACAAUGGUGGCUCCAUUGAGUAUGCCUCGAGAUGCUGUUGGUGUCUGUCUCCUUGGUGAUAAAUUAUAUGCAGUGGGUGGAUAUGAUGGCCAGACUUACCUGAACACUAUGGAAUCAUAUGACCCUCAAACUAAUGAAUGGACACAGAUGGCUUCCCUAAAUAUUGGAAGAGCAGGUGCCUGUGUUGUAGUCAUCAAGCAACCAUGACUUUUGUCAGCGCUGCUUAGGAUUUAAUUGACUGUGAAAUGCUUAUUUUACUAUCAGACAACAAGAAUGAUAACUACAUGAGAACAAGGAUUUACAUAGUCAAUAAUCUGUUAAUCACAAACUUGAAGAAGUUUGAAAACAGGGAAGAUUAAGAAUUUAUGCCCUAUCCAAUCAUUAGAAGAUGUUCAGUCGAUGAACAAGAAAAAACAGUUUGUAGUAGGAGCAAAUGUAGUGGUAAGUCCAAACACUGUUCUCAAGAGUGUGAAUUAUAAAGCUGGAUAAUCAAAAGCAUCAAGGGCCAGCUCUUCAUAAGGAGCAGAAGGGAGUAAGAGAACAGCUUUCAUGGCACCAAGAAUUUUAACUACAGAACCAUCACAGCACAUUCAGUCACUUUUUAAAACCUUGGUAUUAAAAGGAACAGUAGAUUCCUGUUCAGUAGAUGUGAUGUUUUUCUGUCAAGGUAUUAUGUUCAAAUCGGUUAUGGGUUUCAAAUUUAGAUAUGUGAUUAUACAAGGCAAGGACAUUAAUACUAGCUAAAGAAAAGAAGAAAGGUUGAAAGGUUAGUUCUCUUCCUCAUCCAUAGUGAUUAAGUUGCUUCUCUGCAGUCUGAGGAGAAGCAAGAGAAAAAUUAAACCAACAUGAUGAUUGUUUCAAUAAUUGGGGACUGUCACUCCUUGUCUGUGAUGCAUCAUGUUGCACUGAUGUUAUAUCCUGAAUGUUUGAGCAAAGUCUACACAGAGAGAACAACAUACUUUUAGCCCUGCCUGGGUUUCAUUGCAAAAAUGGAAGUCAGUUUGAAUGAAUUUAUCAAUCCAUAAAUCUGUCUUAUCUUGUAUAAAACUGAAGCAUGUUUGCUCUGGUCAUAUUAUAUUUUAUGCAUCUUCUGCAUGUGGAAGCCCAUGAAAAGCUGAAAGGCAGUUAUUUUUGCUUCAUUCCAUUAUAUAAUAAAUUAAAUAUGACCAGGGUAAGGAAUUAUCUUUUUGGCCCAGUUUGAUGCAGAUGGACAAAAGGAAUAGAAAUGUCAUGACAUUUCCUUUUUCAAAUUCCUACACAAAAACUGGUCCUUAUUCCAGUUACACUUAAUUUCCAUUUUAUUACUGAAAGUUAUUGAAAGUACACGACAAGUGAGAAAUGUAUGCAAGUGGAGUAAGACAAAAUUUCACCAUCUUGAUAUAAUAAAUCCCAUAUAAUAAAUAUACUAGAGCCUUGCAUGCUUUUCUUUAGGGCAAGUCAAAUACAGCAGUAACACUACAUCAAGCCUUGACUCAGCAAUGAAGUAGGUAUCCGUAUUUUCUAGUUAGUCAUUUGAAUUGGUUUAAAAUCUAAACCACCUAAUGGAAUGGAAGAAUCCGAGGGAUUACAAUAUUCAAAGCAGCGUAGAAACUGGUGGGGAUGAGCCUGUUUGGCAAAGAACAAUCUUUUUUGUUUCUGAAUCAAUGCAGGUUUUCUAGGAAAAAAAGAUUGUGUUUCAAAUACAGGAGCCAUGUCUUUCAUAAGAGUUCAGAAUAAUUCUGAACUGGCUUGGGAUAGCUACAGCUGAGGAGCUUUUCAUUGCCUUUAAAGCCACUUACAUUGCCAGUAUGUAUAUUACAUUAUGCUCACUGAUAGUUGGAAAUGUGUCUCUUUAGCAGCAAGGAGCUGCAGCAGUUAUGUCACCCUGCCAUUAAGUGCCAAAACCCACCCCAAAGAUACCAGUUUGCUGUCAUGAGCAAACUUCCAUAGCAAAUCACUGGUGCUGGUUUAAUUUUUUUCGCUCUUCUUUGCUAGUCAAAAGACAGUUGCAAAAGCAGUUCUUGAGUUAGGAUUAGCUUCUCUUGUGGUCAGAUCCAAGAAAUCUUUAAGGUAGUGAAACAAAAAGAAUCCUACAAAAUAAAUUUUGAUAGGAAUAAAGCUUCUUGGUUUUUUGAAAUUGAUCUACCAAAAAGUGUUGCAUUAACCAGAUGUUGCAUUGGGUGUAUAUAUAUAAAUGUAUCUUUCCAUCCAUUUAAAUAUACAUUCCCAAAUAUAUAUGGAUUCCUAGAACUUUAUGAAUCAACUAACAAAUAUAUACCAGCUUGUUAUAACAAAGAGUUCUCUUUUGUUUUGAUAGUCACUGGAAUAAAUGUCUCACUUGAUAGGAGGACUGAGGUUUAACUGUGUAAUCCUUACUUUUGUUAUACUGAAAUUUAACUUAAUAGCAGGUCACUUCAGGGCCAGUACAGGACUUGUAUCCAAUUAAAUCCUAUUUUCAGGUGCAUACAUGGUAUGCAGGGAUCCU